UCUGCGUCCCCCUCACCACCCAACCCUCCACCACCACCCCGAAAAUCUGCUCUGCCCAGGGUGCCACCUACAGGUUCUGCACCUGCACGCUCUCCUGCGCUGACCUGCGGGACGGGCGCACCUGUCAGGACUGGGACAGCGUUGCCGACGGUAACGGGAAGUGCUGCGGCUGUCCCGAGGGACAGGUGUACGAUGACGAGGGCAGGUGUGUGGAGAAGAACAUGUGCACCUGUCUGGCUCAGGGCAAGGAGUACCAGCCCAAUGAGACAGUGAUGCGUGGUGAGUGUGAACAGUGCACGUGUAUAAACGGAGCGCUGAAGUGUGCCGAGUACUGCUCCAUCCAGGACUGUGCUCCAGGGAAACAGCUGGUCAACCCAGAGGAUGCCUGCUGCCACUGUCAAACUGUUCCAACUACAGAACCUGAAGCCACAACAGAACCAGAGUGGCCGUACACAACAACAGAACCAGAGAGUUACCACACUGGUACCUACGAACCUGAACCAGAACACACAACCAGACCAGAGUACAGCACCACCAAACCUGAGAGCUACCACACCGGUACUUACAAGCCUGAGCCAGAACAUACCACCAAGCCAGAGUACAGUACCACUGAACCUGAAAGCUACCACACCGGUACCUACAAACCGGUACCAGAACACACUACCAGACCAGAGUACAGUACCACCGAACCUGAAACCUACCACACCGGUACCUACAAGCCUGAGCCUGAACACACGACCAGGCCAGAGUACAGUACCACCAAACCUGAGAGCUAUGGUACUGGUACCUACAAACCGGUACCAGAACACACAACCAGGCCAGAGUACAGUACCACCGAACCUGAAACCUACCACACCGGUACCUACAAGCCUGAACCAGAACACACAACCGGACCAGAGUACAGUACCACCGAACCUGAGAGUGAGACAGAACCUUACUACACCGGAAUGCCAGAACACACCACACCAGGUUCAGCCACCACAACUGGGCCUCAGAACAAGCUGGAGACUGUUCGUCCACAGACUACCAUGCAAACCACUACUAGGUUUGUUGUUUUCAAGAUUUUCUAG